CAUCUGCAUCCGGAGGCGGUCACGUGGCCGGCUGACGUCACCGCCCGGCAGCCCGGACUCGCUGCGCCGCGUGCCGCCCGUCCCCCAAAGCGCAGUGGGGCCGCGGGGCCUUUCUGCCCCACCGCUGCCGGAGCCCCGUGCAGUCAGCGGGGGGCCGGCGGGAGGAGAGGAGCUGCUGGGCGCUGGCUGCGGAUGCGGAGGAAAGGGCAAGGCCUCGAGUCCCAGGAGAGCGGCUGCAUAGGAUUCACAGCCCCCAGCACAGUGGCACCCUGCCCUGAGCCAUGGCGCUGCUCACCCACCUUCUCGCCUGUGCCUUUGGCAUGGGCUCCUGGAUGGCCAUCAAUGGGCUGUGGGUCGAGCUGCCGCUGCUGGUGACGGUGCUGCCAGAGCAGUGGGACCUGCCCUCCUUCAUCACCAUCAUCAUCCAGAUGGCCAAUGUGGGGCCGCUCUUUGUCACCCUCAUGCACCGCUUCUGGCCCGGCUCGCUGAAGGAGGUGGUCAUUAUCUACGUGAUUGUGUCUGUGGGCAUCGUGGCCUGCUUGCUGCUGGCCUUCCUUUGGAACUACACCUCCCCCAUUGCGGGGACCUCCCGUAGCACUGCAUUCCUGAUCCUCACCUUCUUCUUGGCUCUGGUUGACUGCACUUCCUCCGUCACCUUCCUGCCCUUCAUGAUGCAGCUGCAGGCCCAAUACCUCACCACCUACUUCAUAGGUGAAGGACUCAGCGGGCUGAUCCCUGCUCUCAGCCUGGGCCAGGGCUCUGGCAUCUCCAGCUGUGCCAAUGUCAGCCAGGUGGUCAACAUCACCUCUGGCAACGAGACCAUGGAGGGCACUAUCUUCCAGAUGGAGACCCACUACCUCCCAGCCCGCUUCUCUACCCUCAUCUUCUUCCUCCUCAUGACUGCGAUGAUGGUAGUCUGCUUGGUGGCUUUCUUCUUCCUGACAAGGCAGCCCAAGGUAUGGGAGCUCUCACAGCAGCAGUUGUGUCCCAGCACCAUCAUACUGAACUCCUUUGACCAGAUCCUUGAGGAUGAUGCUGGAAAGGGACGAGGCAAAGGCUACUCAUGCCCAAAGAGCACCAAGCGGCCCAUGGAGACCCACCCAGAGAAGGUCUCCUAUUCUGUGGCCAAGCUUGCUUUCAUCUACUUGCUUAUCACUUGGGUGAGCUCUCUGACAAACGGAGUCCUGCCAUCUGUGCAGUCCUACUCUUGCCUGCCAUAUGGCAACACCGCAUAUCACCUCUCGGCCACGCUCAGCUCCAUGGCCAACCCUCUCGCCUGCAUCGUGGCCAUGGUCCUGCCCAGCAGGUCCCUGGUCCUGAUGGGCAUCCUUAGCCUGGCAGGUACAGGCUUUGGUGCCUACAACAUGGCCAUAGCAGUGAUGAGCCCGUGCCCUCUCCUGCAGCAUUCCCAGUGGGGCAACGCCAUCAUUAUCCUCUCCUGGGUGCUCUUCACCGGAACGCUCUCCUAUGUGAAGGUGAUGGCCGGGGUCAUCCUGCGGGAGCGCAGCCACAGUGCACUGGUGUGGUACGGGGCACUGGAGCAGCUGGGAUCCCUGCUGGGUGCCCUGCUCAUGUUCCCCCUUGUCAACGUUUAUGGCUUCUUCCAAUCCGCCGACUACUGCAGCCUGCAGUGCCCAGUAUGAGCACAGCGUUCCUCUUGUGUUCAAACAAAUAGAAGGAGUUUGCUCAGCC